AGGAAAUACAGAUCGCGUUAUGCACUCUGUGGCGCAAAUGGUAUCUGUAGCAUUAACAACUCUCCAGUGUGUAAUUGCUUGAACGGAUUUGUACCAAAAGUUCCAAGAGACUGGGACAAGACAGAUUGGUCAAGCGGUUGCGUUAGAAAGAGAGCACUAAAUUGUUCCAGAGAUGGGUUUCGGAAGCUCAGAGGUUUGAAGAUGCCGGAGACAAGAAAAUCAUGGUUCAACAGGAGUAUGAACCUGGAGGAGUGCAAGAACACAUGCUUGAAGAACUGCAGCUGUACUGCGUAUGCCAACUUGGACAUCAGGAGUGGAGGAAGUGGUUGCUUGCUUUGGUUCAAUGAUUUGAUUGAUAUGAGAACUUUCCUUCAAAACGAGCAAGACAUUUUUAUACGGAUGGCUGCAUCAGAACUAGAUAACGGUGGCUCUGCAAAGGCUAAUACCAAAUCCAAAGUGAAGAAAAUGAUCAUAGUAAGUUCUGUGUUGUCCACUGGGAUUCUGUUCGUUGGCUUAUGCUUGGUCUUGUAUGUUUGGAAAAAGAAGCAGCAGAAAAACAGUAAUUUGCAAAGAAGAUCAAAUAACAAGGACUUGAAGAAAGAACUGGAAUUACCCUUCUUUAACAUGGAUGUGUUGGCUUGUGCAACAAAUAAAUUUUUUGUAUCCAAUAAACUAGGACAAGGGGGUUUCGGACCUGUUUAUAAGGGAACAUUAACAAAUGGACGAGAAAUAGCUGUCAAGAGGCUCUCUAAGAAUUCACGACAAGGACUUGAUGAGUUCAAAAAUGAAGUCAAACAUAUCGUGAAACUUCAGCACCGGAAUCUCGUGAGGCUUCUUGGAUGCUGCAUCGAAAGGGAUGAAAAAAUGUUGGUCUACGAGCUUUUGCCUAAUAAAAGCUUGGACUUCUACAUUUUUGAUGAAACUCGAAGCUUGCUACUAGAUUGGCCUAAGCGCUACAACAUCAUCAACGGGAUUGCUCGAGGACUCCUUUAUCUUCACCAAGAUUCGAGACUAAGAAUAAUCCACAGAGAUCUGAAAACCAGCAAUAUUUUGUUGGAUUACGAAAUGAAUCCAAAAAUCUCAGACUUUGGCCUGGCUAGAAGUUUUGGAGAAAAUGAAACUGAAGCCAAUACUAAUAAAGUGGCUGGAACGUAUGGUUACAUAUCUCCAGAGUACGCAAAUUAUGGGCUCUACUCGCUAAAAUCAGACGUCUUCAGCUUUGGAGUAUUGGUGCUAGAGAUAGUGGGUGGCUGUAGGAACAGAGGAUUCCGUCAUCCAGAUCACCACCUCAACCUUAUUCGGCAUGCAUGGAGACUGUUCAAACAAGGUAGGCCUCUGGAACUGGCUGCGGGAUCAAAAGUUGAAACACCCUAUUUAUCUGAAGUGCUACGUUCAAUUCACGUGGGGCUAUUGUGUGUGCAAGAAAAUCCAGAAGAUAGACCAAACAUGUCAUAUGUGGUUUUGAUGUUGGGCAAUGAAGAUGAAUUGCCUCAGCCUGAACAACCAGGAUUUUUCACUGAAAGGGAUCUUGUUGAAGCAAGCUAUUCAUCGAGCGAGAGCAAACCACCUUCGGCAAACGUAUGCUCAGUUUCAGUGUUAGAGGCAAGAUAGAUUACUUGUAUUUUUAUUCUUAUGAAAACUUGUGUGCUCGUUAUGCGUGGUCUUGAUGUUUGUGAUCGUGUGCGCAUAAAAACUCUGCUGAAUGUUUAAUUUCUAGGAAAUUAUUAACAUUUUUCUGUGAGAAAAAAAAAAAAAAAAGGAAAGCUGAGAAGUUAACAUUUAAUCCAAAUACAAAUACAAUGGGGAGGGACUUAAGCAAACUGGGCUCUGGGC